GGCUCUCACUCUCUCAAGUCCGGCCCGUCGUCUCUGAUUGAACUGCCUCCGAUCUCUUCUUCCUCGCCUACCCCCUCUCCCGGCCGGAGAUCCGCCCCGCAGCCUACGCGGCAGAUCCGGGCACUCGGCGAUGCAGUUCUUUGGCGGGUCGUCGCUGACGUCGGUCGCGCCGGAGGCGAGCCCGGCCCCGGCGGCGCCCCCCGGCACGGGCACGGGCUCCAACGCACAGGUGCUCUACGUCUUCAACCGCAACGGCGUCUGCCUGCUCUACCGCGAGUGGCACCGCCCGCUCCGCACCCUCGACCCCACCCAGGACCACAAGCUCAUGUUCGGGCUCCUCUUCUCCCUCCGAUCAUUCACCGCCAAGAUCGACCCGACCACGGCUGAAAAGGGAAAUCUUGGUGUGCCACUACUGCCAGGCCAAGGCUGUUCGUUCUAUAGCUUCAAGACAAACACGUACAAACUGAACUUCAUGGAGAGCCCUUCCGGUAUUAAGCUUAUUCUAAUUACACAUCCAAGGACUGGUGACCAGCGAGAUUCUCUGAAGCAUAUCUACAACCUAUAUGUCGAGUAUGUUGUGAAAAAUCCUCUGUAUGCUCCUGGCACACCGAUUAAGUGUGAACUUUUCAAUAAACAUCUCGAUCAAUAUGUGAGAACAUUAAUCUGAUUUCGUUGAGACUUGGGUGGUGCGGCAUUAGCUAAAAUGAUGGGUGCCAUGUUCUUUACCGUGGUGGGCUCAGCAGGCUGUUUGAUCACUGUCUCAAGGGUGAUAGAGAUUUUUCUGGUGGAAGACUUGCCGUGCUUCCACAGUUGGACCAUGUAUUUAGAUGGACAGAUGGUACAAAGCAGCUGUCUUCUUGUAUACCGACUUCAAUUUGAUUAGCCCUAUUGUGGCAACACUCCUGUAGAUUACUUGUUUGAUCAUGACGGAUGCCCUCAAGAUGGGAAUUGUGUUGGCGCUUUCGGUGUGAUAUGUUGUUCUUCAGAUGAUUAAUCCAUGAGUUAUCGUGCCACUGUUCCGGUUUUCC